GCUUCUACAGCAGCUUGACGCAUUACAAAAAGUGUAGAUCCAUCGACGUCGAGCUGCACGAGAUAGUUUUAUACUUGGCUGUUUUACCGUCACUUUAGAGGUGAGACUCCCACGAUAUCUUGGAACUUCAGUCGCGCACCCCGCCACCGCUUCACUUUGAAAUUGUCGUCUCCAGACAUUCGGCGCUGACCAGGUUCCAUCAUCAGACAUCGCACCCACCUUCCGCAUCACCAAUUCAUCUGUCCGCUUCUUGGUUUCUCCACAAUGGCUUCCGAAUCCGCUAUCAACGGCAACUUCGUCCCUCAGAAUGGCUACGGCUCGAUAGAGCAGACCGGCUACGCUGCCGCCAACUACCCUUCCUCCAACCCCUCUGCGCCUUCUCAGUCAAACAACUCCGCCGCCGACAUCCCCAAGGACGAGGUUGGCUGGUACUUUGUCGAGCAGUACUACACCACUCUUAGCCGCAGUCCCGAGAAGGUCUACCUCUUCUACAACAAGCGCUCACAAUUCGUCUCCGGCAACGAGACCGAGAAGGUCGCCGUGUGUGUGGGACAACGGGCCAUCAACGACCGUAUCAAGGAGCUUGACUUCUCCGAGUGCAAGGUUCGCGUCACCAAUGUCGACUCGCAAGCCUCGGACGACCACAUCGUCAUCCAGGUCAUUGGUGAAAUCUCCAACAAGUCCGCCCCUCACAAGAAGUUCACCCAGACCUUUGUCCUCGCUGCUCAGACCAACGGCUACUUUGUGCUGAACGACAUCUUCCGCUACAUCAUCGAUGAGGAGGAUGAGGCUGAGGCCACCGAGGAGCCCGCUGCCGUCCAGGAGCCUGCUCCCACCGCCGCCGAGGAGCCUGAGCACGAGACCUUGACAAGCUCGGAAGACCCCGUCGCCAUUGAGAAGGAUGCUGCCAAGGUUGACAAGGAGAUCGAGGAGAAGAUCAUUGCUGAGAAGCCCGAGGAGAAGGAGACCGCUGUCCCCACUGCUGUCGCCAACGGCUCCCCCAAGGCCGAGACCGCUGAGGUCGCUCAGGCCGAGGAUGCUCCUGUCGCUGCCGUCUCGGAAUCUACCCAGACUCCCGAGGCUGCUCCCGAGGCUUCUUCUGAGGCUACUCCCGAGGUUCCCGCUGCACAGGAGGAGCUCCCGGUUGAGAAGCCCAAGGACCCCGAACCCACUCCUGCCGUCCGCUCUCCUGUCAAGCAGGCUGCCCAGCCCGCAAAGGCCGCCGCUCCCGCUAAGCCUGCUGCUCCUUCUGCACCUGCUGCCCCUAAGACCUGGGCCAACCUUGCCGCUGCUGCCCACCGUGUCGCUACUCCCGUCUUCACUCCUCAGCCUUCUGCCUCCGCUGCUCCUGUCCAGCCCAAGACUGCUCCUCAACCCGAGCCUGCCACCAAGGCUGCUUCCUCAGCACCUGCUCAGGAGUCUGCCGCUGCUCCCGCUGCUCGCGAGGCAUCUCCCGCUCCCGCCAGCGCCGACCAACAGGAAGAGUGGACCAGCGUUGGUGACAAGAGACAGCAGAACAAGGGCCAGGCCGCUGCCGGUGCUCAGGACGCUCCUCAAUACCGCGCCUACGUCAAGAACGUUCACGAGAGUAUUACUCUUCCUGCCUUGAGAGAGGCCAUUGAGAAGCACGGCGAGCUCUCAUACUUCGACGCAAACAGACCCAAGAACUGCGCCUUUGUAGACUUCAAGACCCUUGACGGCUACAAGGCCGCUCUCAAGGCCAGCCCUAUCUCGAUCGGUGAACACGCCAUCACCAUCGAGGAGCGCCGUCCCAAGACCAACGCACCCUUCUUCCCCGGCAACCGUGGCGGUGCCAGAGGCGGUCGUGGUGGUGCCAACCCGAACCCCCGCGGUUCCUUCCAGGGUGGUCGUGGCGGUGGUUCGCAGAGAGGACGUGGCGGCAACGCCUCUCGCGGCCGUGGCGGUGCCCAAGUCGCCUAAACGUCCAACAUAAAAUGGGACGAACCACCAUCCGCCGACGAGCUUCCUCAUCCCCGGACCCGGUUCAGCCCUUAUCUGUAAAAUAUGACGCGAUAUGCCCCCUUUCGAAAAGUUCCUUUCCAGCGUUAGAGCGACUUGGAGAUGGACUCCGAAGCCUUGACGCGCUGCACAAAACUUCAUACAUUUGUCACUAAUGCAUAGCGGCGCGUGUUUCUCAUUGCUUUCCUUUCCCACCCUAUCAACUUGUGUUUCUGUUGUUUGUUGCGGAGUUUCAUUGGCUUUGCAGUCUGUAUCAACACGGGUUUGUGGAUUGGCUCUGGACGGCGUGGAUGGGACCUCGAAAAAAGCGACUUUCUUCGGAGCACGUGGUGUAUUCGGGCGUAGGUAGGCUGGAGAGUGCUUGAAGAGG